AAGACACUAGCCGUUCAGCCUCACCACAUUCAUUCUUUCUAUCUCGAGGCGAAGAGAGAGAGAGAGCUGGAGUUGCGUGAUGGCGGUGUUAAAGUCUCUGAUGGCGUUCCCUCUUCUCAUCUCUGCUCUAAUAGGCGUGGCCGUAUCAGAUAAAUUACCUAGGGUGACCUCUCAUGUCACUUACGGCGCCCAUCAACCUUCCUAUCAUCCCGCGCCUUCUUACCACCCACAAGCAUCUUACGAGGACCCUUACGCAGACCCUGCAUGCGCAGAGAACACAACCAAGCCCUGGUGCCUCGAGGACGAGGAGUACCCGAUGUACGAGGUGGAGGAAGCAGUCAACUACCACUUCUCGAAGGUCAUCGCACUCUACGCAGACGUCGCCGACCUCGACACGAAGCUCUCCGUCGAGCGCCCGAGCGCCCUGGACGAGGAAACCUACCUUUGCCCUUCAGAGACUGCCUACGUGCAGCCCCUGAGGGCCAAGAACACCAAGGGCAAGUGGAGGGUCAUCGUCAACAACAUCGACACGCAUUACAAGACCCUCACACAGACGACGCGUAUCGAAGAGUGUUCGACUUCAGGAGAAGAAUGCCCUAAAGUCCCGGUGUGUUAUGAAUCCAAGUGCCUCCAGAAGUCAGUCUACCACAGGUUCCUCGUCUACGACCCCUACGACAAGUACUUCCCCUUCGUCAUCGAGAACUUCAAGCUGCCCGCUAGCUGUGCCUGCCUCCUGGGUGCCUUUACCAUCGACCAUUAACCGAUAAGAGAUAAAAAAAUGACGGGUUUUGUUAUCAAUUGACUUUUUCCUAACUCCACUUAUCCUGUGUAUAUUUGGUCAUUCCACUUUACACUUUAUAUUCCACAAGUUCUAACGGGUGAUCUCACGUGACAGGUUAGAAGUUAGUAAGUGAAGAAAGCAGUUCUCUAGUCAUCUCUUACUUUAAGUAUAUGUCAUCUGUUUAUGUUAUGAUAACUUCAGCUCUCGCGCUUCUAGGAUCUCUUUUAUGCCUAAAAGUUGAUAAUAUACAGUAUUUUUUUAA